AUAUCAAUUUUUCAUCUGCAUAAAGAUCAAAAUAUAAAUACUUAUCAAAUAAAAUAUCCCCCCACUAUCAGAGAUAUCAUAUCGCACGUGUCUCCUCGAUCUCCUCUCACGUCAUUUCAGUAUUGCAUAGCAUGUGCUUCUCGCUCUUCACUUUGCUAUAUAUAUUACUCGACAAAAAGUCAUUAUAUUUUUUUUAUAUAUAUAUUUUUAUUUUCCUACAUAAAACAGCCAAGUGUAGACGUGUCCAACAAACGGUCAAUUUAUUGUUCGUUUAUUAAUUUCUAGUCAAUUGUCUUGGUACUUUUUUUUUAUCUUAAAAAAUAUUAAAAAUAUUGUAAAAUAAUUAUAAUUUUUAUUGUUUUUCAUUCAAUUAUUUUUACGUUGAAAUAAUUUAAAUAUAUAUGCUUCCUAAUGAUUAUAAUGUGAGCAAGAAAAUAAUAAACAUUUUUUUUUUUUUUAAAAAAACUUGUGUGAUUUUUGAUAAAUAAAAGGAAAAUUUUAUUAUUUAAUAAAAUUGACAGUUUGUUUUACACAUUGGAAUUAAUUGAGCCGUAUUUUAAAAGACAGUCUUGCAGAUUAAGACUGGCAGGAAUAAGCAAAACGAAAGCGAGGUCAUCGCAGGUUGACCCUGGAAGGACUUCCUCGCUGAGAAAAUACCUCUGCAAUCUUCACCAGUAUCAACCUCGAUCCAUCAAACUGUCGUCUGUCAUUGGAAGAUCAGACACAAGAUUUCCCCAGGUUGAUCCAGGCAGACUGAAUCUUGUCACUCACACAAGCACAGAUUGCAGGGUAUCACUAGACAAUAGGCCCUAAAAUAAAUCAAUGUAAUGGAUUCUAAAAACAAUGAAAAAUUGGCAAAUAGUCAAGUUAUUGGAGAUAACAAUAAUCAACCGUUAAAAAAUACAGUUAUUAUUCCAAUAAUUGGUAUGGCAUCAACAAAAAAAAAGGAUGAGUUAUGUUAUGCUAUAGAAAAUGAAAUUGACAAUGACAAGUCCAUUGUUUCCAAGGACACUGUUAUUGCAAUUGAAAAAAAAGGUCAUGAUGGUUCAUUAUCAAGUGGUUGUUCAAUAGCAACACUAUCAUCAGCAACAAAUUCUGAUCCAGAUCCAGAAUCACCAGAUAAUUCUGAUGUAAGAAAUCGUAGUGUACUUAAUGAAAGAUGGCAACAUACUGCACUACAAAUAUCAGUACCAUUUUUAAUUGCUGGAAUUGGAACAAUUGGUGCUGGUCUUGUUUUAGCAACAGUUGAGAAAUGGACAGUUUUUCAAAAAGUAUCACAGCUAUUUAUUCUAGUUCCUUCACUAUUAGGAUUAAAAGGAAAUUUAGAUAUGUGUCUUGCAUCAAGAUUAUGUACACAAGCUAAUCUUGGAAAUAUGGCUAGUUGUCGUGAACUAACUAAAAUGAUUAUUGGUAAUUUAGCACUUGUACAAGUACAAGCAAUUGUUGCUGCAAUAAUUGUAUCAAUAUUUGCAACUGGUGCACAUGCUGCAAUAAGUGGUGAAUAUUUAUGGAAUCAUGCAUUACUUGUUGUUGCAUCAAGUGUAUGUACAGCAACAAGUUCUUGCUUUAUACUUGAUUUGGUAAUGAUUGCUGUUAUUAUGUUGGCUUAUAAAUUUAAAAUGAAUCCUGAUAAUUUAGCAACACCACUUGCAGCAUCAUUUGGUGAUGUUGUAUCAAUAAGUGUAUUAUCAUUGAUAGCAUCAAAUUUAUAUAAUUAUUUGAAUGACAAUGGUAUAUGGAUAAUCUAUGCAAUUAUUAGUUUUUAUUUAUUAAUAUUACCAAUUUGGAUUUGGAUUUGUCUCAAGAGUAAAUACACAAGAAAUAUUUUAACAUCUGGAUGGGUACCAGUACUAUCAGCUCUAUUUAUAUCUGGAUUGAGUGGUUUAAUACUCAGUCAAGCAGUUGAAGGUCUAGCUGGUUUUGUUAUAUUUCAACCGAUAAUAAAUGGCAUUGGUGGAAAUCUUGUUUCGGUACAAGCAUCAAGAAUAUCAACGACACUACAUCAAACAUCUUUAAUGGGAAUUUUACCACCAAAUUCAAAAAUUUUUGUUUCACCAUGGAAAGCACUUUUCAAAGGAGUUCCAUAUGCUAAAACAGCAAGACUAUUAAUUGCAAUGGGAAUACCUGGACAAGUUGUUUUUAUUUUUGUUGCUGAUUAUAUUAAACAAUCGAAAUCAACUCUUCAUGUUUAUUUUGUUUUAUGCUACAUGUUGAUUGCUUUUAUUCAAAUUGUAUUACUUCUUUAUAUUGCACAUAUUUUAAUUCAUGCAAUGUGGAGGUUUAAAAUUGAUCCUGAUAAUUCAGCGAUACCUUAUUUAACAGCACUUGGGGAUUUAUCUGGUACAACGUUUCUUGGAUUGGCAAUAUUAUUUUUAAAUUCAAUGGGAUAUUCAUAUGAUAUUCCUGAUGAAUAGACAUGAUCAUGAGAUUUUAUAAACAUCAAAUAGACUAAAUAUCAAAGCUGAUAUAUUUUUAACUACAAUCAAAAUGAAUUAUUAUAAUUUUUUAUUUUACAUCAUUUAGCUUGCUUUGAUAUUUUUUUAUUCCAGUUACAUUUUUUUUUUUUUAAACAAUCCCCAAUAUACAGUAUUGAUUUUUUUUUUUUUUUUUAAAUAUUGUUUUAAAAAAAUUGUAAAUAUUGAAUUUUAAAAUCUUAAUAAAUAUAAUUUGAAAAUAAAAUAAAAUUUAA